GCUCCCUUUUCCUUUUCCCCUUCUUUCCCGCUACCAAACCAAUUCUUCAAUCAACCUUCCCCUAUAGACAAGAAACUUGCUUUGAGUUUUCUUGUUUUCUAAUCCUCACUAAUUUUAAUACCGUUUCUUUAAACAAAACACACAUCUCCAAAAAUGGCUGGUGGCGAUAUCAAGAAGGGUGCCAACCUCUUCAAGACCCGUUGCGCUCAGUGCCACACUGUCGAGAAGGGCGGCGCCAACAAGAUCGGCCCUGCUCUGCACGGUCUCUUCGGUCGCAAGACCGGCUCCGUCGACGGCUACGCCUACACCGAUGCCAACAAGCAGAAGGGCAUCACCUGGGACGAGACCACCCUCUUUGCCUACCUCGAGAACCCCAAGAAGUACAUCCCCGGUACCAAGAUGGCCUUCGGUGGUCUCAAGAAGGACAAGGACCGCAACGAUCUCAUUGCCUACCUCAAGGACUCCACUGCAUAAAUGCAGAUGUGCCCUGUAUUAUGAUACGAACUGAUAGACGGGACGCCGGCAACACUUUUAUGUAUAAUAGACUACUAGAUUAAAAUUGACACCGGCAUCGACCGUGUCGGAUGCUACACAACCUCAAAAAGACUCUUCAUUCACACGUUCC